AGCAUAGUUUUAUAUUUAUUCGUGUGUUGCUUUACGUACAUUUUUCAAGAAAAUCAUCAUUCUGUAGAUAUGCAAUUUUUUGUUUGUUUAAUUAACAAUGAUUUUGUUCUAUGGCAUUUUAUAUUAUAAAUUAAAUGUAUAAAGUGAAUGAUUGAUUGAUUCGCUGGUUUCACACUGUAUAAAUAUAGGUAUUACUCGAGGAUUGUGAGCUAUUCGGAUAACCAUAAAAGCCACGCCAAAUACUAAUGAAGCCGUUGGUUCCCGAGGCGGAGGAUGCGGUGGUGCGGCUGACGGAUACAUUAACGGAGGCGUCCAUACCUGAAGGUGAACCUGAAGUCUUCCACGCCGUCCGCUACGGCGAUACAGAUAUGAUCAUGCGGCAAUUACGAGCCGGAUUCGAUAUCAACACAACAUUUAAUGGCGGGUCUUACACGUUGACGGCAAGCACAAUGUCCCAUCGGAUCCACACGACUCAAUACGCCGCCCUCCACCUCGCCGUGAUUCACUCCACAUACCAGGUUCUCCGGGAGCUGUUGAACACGGAGGGGGUGGACAUCAACAUCACGGACGAACAGAGGCGGACUCCUCUACACUUUGCUGUUGUGGCCAACAGACGCUCUGUCAUACAGCUGCUUGUCGAACUAGGUUGUAACAUCGAUGUGCAGUCGUCAAGUGGACGGACGCCCCUGCUGGACGCGGUCAUAUCUGAUCAGCUAGACUCCGCGCGGAUGCUCAUUGAUCUCGGGGCCGACCUGAACCUCACCGACACCAAGGGCACAUCCCCGCUCCACCAUUUGUGCUUCAGUAGACGGCCACAUCAAGACUUCAUACAGCUACUGCUGUCGAAGAAAUGUAAUGUGAACAUAACAAACUUGAAAGGAUCCACCCCGCUCAUGUUCGCCUGCUCCCUCCGGAACCUUCCCACCGUCAAACUGCUGCUUCAACAUGGGGCCAACAUCAACCAGCGUGACGAUAACGGUAUGACGGCGAUCCAGUUCUGCGUGGGACACAAAACCCGGCUCAGCUCAUUGCUACUCUGUCUCAUGCAUAACGGCGCGGACAUCAACAUUAUUGACCGGAAGGGUCGUACGUUGCUAGACAUGGCGAUAGGGAACAUGUCGCUGACCACCAUCGUGGCGCUGCUGCUAGCUGACGUCCCCCGUGACGCCGCCAUUAUGCAGCAAGAAAAUAUGUUGUACCUGUUUGAACGGUUGCCGGAGUUUAGGGCGUGGAUAAGUGAAGAGGUACAGAGCCCGCGCUCUCUGAAGCGCCUGUGUAGGGGCUACAUAAGGGGUCAGCUGGGACCGGAAGGGCUUAUGCACGUCAGCAGUUUUGACUUACCCCGGGUGCUACAGGACUUCAUCCUGUGCCGGGACAUAGACCCUGAAGAUCUGAACGUCAUCUAGAUAGAGUGUGCUUCGGUUUUAAGUCAAAGUUAUUGUAUAAUUACACGUGGUUUCCUCAGAUUGUAUACCAACGUCUGUGAUAAAGUGUAUGACAAACAAAUUCAGUGUCCAUAGUAUGGCAGAGGCGUCAAGACAGAUCGUUUCAGUUCAUGCAGCUCAACUAGAAACAAGCAUGAUUUGUACCCUCUAAAUUUGAAUAAGCUCGGACUACACGUUCCGAGGCAUAUAGAAUACAUCUGUGAAAUCGUGACAUCGUUCGCUUAAGCGCCGUUUGCGAACGUUUUGGGCGGCAUGAAGUUUAUGCUACUCUUUGUGUAGUAACAUGUUAUACCUAUUUAUCGAGCGAGAAUUACUUGUUUGACAUUUAUAAAUUUAUUAACAGUUAGUCUUAUGGCGUGCUUGUUGCAUUUGUAUUUCUAGUAAAACUAUUUAACUGCUA